AUGAAGGCUCCUGAAGAUGUUCCGGUACGACAAUUGGUAGCUGACUCCAAUGCGUUUAUCAAACGAAUACCUUUGCAUAAUUUGGCUUCGGAGAUUUACACGGUGCCGGGAGUGAUCAACGAAUUAAAGUGCGGAAAAAUGCGUCAUCUUCUUGAUAGUCUUCCGUAUAAUAUUUACAUUCAAGAACCUACUACUGAAUCUCUCCAUAUCAUAACUGAAUUUGCGAAGAAAACCGGUGAUUACCCCUCAUUAUCAGCGGUAGAUUUAAAAUUACUUUCAUUGGUGCAUGACCUUCACUUGAGACAGUAUGGAAAAGAUGGUUUACGCUAUGAUCUGGAAAUUAUUAAUAACAAGUCAGUAAUUAAUUGUCGACAAACAAAAGACACAAUAGUAAAACUGGAUGAUAAAGAUGUCCAAAUGGAUGAAGAUGCUACGGGAACUGAAGGAAAGGCAGUGUCAACAGAAAUAGAAGGCAUCAAUGAUGCUAUUGAUAGUACUAGCAUUAGCAGCAACAGCAGUGAUGGUGGUACUUGGUUAAAAGAGGAUAAUGUGGAUGAAAUAUUAGGACAUAUAGGUGAAAUAUCAAUGCCGGAGAAAGAAAUGAAGGUGGCUUGUGUUACAACGGAUUUUGCUAUGCAGAACGUCCUUCUUCGUUUAGGCCUUUAUUUAUUGUCUAUUAACGGUUACAGGAUACACCGACUGAAUAGUUAUAUUCUCAGAUGUUGGGCGUGCUUUGCGACAACAAAUGUAAUGACAAAGCGUUUUUGUCCUCGAUGCGGAAAUGACUCAUUGCAUCGAGUUGCUGUUAGUAUUGCUGAUGAUGGAAUGAUGCAACUUCAUAUUAAUUGGAAUCGAUUGCAGUCUUCACGUGGACUCAGAUAUUCCCUUCCAGCUCCGAAGGGUGGAAAGCAUCCUGGUGGACCACAGCUUUUUGAAGAUCAACCCAUGCCACAGAACAGAAUGGCUCGCUGUCAUCAGGAUCCAACGGAACCUGGACCAUUCAUUAUAAAGGAUGUGAUGAGCAGGUCAGCAGUACUAGGUAUACGGUCGUUGCAAAAAGCUGGGCGGAAUCCAAAUGUCCGAACACAUGGGAAAAAACGAGGAAAUAAGCGACGAUAG